AUGACCGCCCAAAAAGCAACAUACAGACGCCUGGGCAACUCCGGCCUCUCUGUUUCAGUCCCCAUCCUGGGAACAAUGGGGUUCGGAACCCCCAAAUGGCUGGACUGGGUAAUAGAAGCAGACCAAGCCCUACCCAUCCUCAAAGAAGCCUUUGAUAGGGGGAUAAACACCUGGGACACAGCGGACGCCUACUCCAACGGCCUCAGUGAGGUUAUCGUCGGGAAAGCUAUCAGGAAAUACAACAUCCCACGAGAGCAGCUGGUAAUCAUGACGAAGUGCUACUUCCCUGUCGGCGACACUCUUGAGUCCCAUGCUUUUUGGACGCGGGAGCCCGGACAAGCGGCGGACUUGGUGAACCGCGUGGGGCUCUCGAGGAAGGCGAUAUUCGGAGCUGUGGAAGCUUCCUUGAGGAGAAUGGGGAUUGAAUACAUCGACUUAAUUCAGAUACAUCGUGCGGAUCCUGCGACGCCAGCGAGGGAGACGAUGGAAGCGUUGCAUGAUUUGGUGAAAGCUGGAAAGGUUCGCUACAUCGGUGCCUCAAGCAUGAGAACCUGGCAAUUCGCCCUUUACCAACAAAGCGCCCACCAAUACAACCUAACGCCCUUUAUAAGCAUGCAAUCCCAAUACUCCCUCCUCUACCGUGAAGAAGAGCGGGAAAUGAUCCCAUACUGUAAUGCAACGGGGGUAGGUCUAAUCCCCUGGGCCCCGCUCGCUCGAGGAUACCUGGCGAAGCCGGACAUCGAUACAACGAUGCGAGCAGCGUCGGAGCCGAAGGGUAGCAUAUUCGGCGUGGGCAAGAGUGAGAGCGAUAAGGAGAUCAUUGCGCGGGUGAAGGAGGUCGCGGAGACGAAGGGAUGGAGUAUGGCUACUGUUGCCUGUGCGUGGGUCGCCGAGAGGGUCACAGCGCCGAUAGUGGGGAUGGGGAGCAUUGAGAGGGUUGCGCAAGGGUUGGAGAUUCGUGGGAAAAGAUUGACUGCGGAGGAGAGCAAAUAUCUCGAGGAACCUUAUGCCCAGAGAGAGGUUAUUGGCCAUGAUUAG